AAACACAUUUCACAGUUGGAACGGCCUUCAUGUCAAAACAUACAAAUUUUCAAAAGAGUGCAUAAUAAAUUAAUUCACUUAUUAUUGCUAAAAUGAUGUAACUCUUCAAAAAAAAAGUGACAAGAAAAUUUUCGUACGGCAGCAGUUUUUUUUUAAAGAAAAACAUUUUCUUCCACAAACACGCAGCAAAAAAGACGCAAGAAGCAUUUCCAGUAGUCAGCAGCAUCAGCGUUGGUAGUCAGAAAUAAGGCCAUGAAGUCAGUGCCAAAAGCUUAGCAAUAAAUAAAUAAUUAAGGAUCAUCUUUCAUCUCAGUUACUGUACAUAACGCACUAAAUUUUAGUUUGUCAGAAUUUUUUUUUCUUUUUCAACAAAUGGGAAAAUGAUGUCUUCUGAAGUAGUAGCAGCAACGUGAAUUCUAGUCAAAUUUUUGCUUUUGGAAAUGCAGUGAAACGAGAGUUUUUGUAAUAAGGAUUUAAAGUUGUUUACACAUUUGAUACAAUUUUGUAUAGGGUUAAGGAGUAGAAAAUUUUUAAGAAUUGUAUAAAAAUAUGGGUAACAAAAAUUCAUGCUGUUCAUACUCAAGUCCGCAGCCAACGCGAAAAGCCAAGGAGAUUCCCACGUCUUUCGAAGAGCACUUGCCCGAGGGCGAUGUCUCGACCAACAAUUUACAGCACAUUUCCGAACGCGAAGGCGGCGACGAGGAUUUCGAUCCUUCCUGCCAUCCGACAACGGGCACCAUGUUCCUCGAACGUUCCAAGCAGUGCAUAGAAAACGGAAUGACGCGAAAAAAGUCCCAACAUCAAAUUGCGCAGCAACAGGGAACGGGCGGCCUCAAAAAAAGCAGUUCGUGUUCGACAAUUUACCUUGACGACAGCACCGUGUCGCAACCCAACCUGAAAAAUACCGUGAAAUGUGUCUCGUUAGCCAUCUACUAUCACAUCAAAAACCGGCAAUCCGACAGGAGGCUGGAUAUUUUCGAUGAAAAACUGUAUCCGCUGUCACGAGAUCGCGUGCCCGACGAUUAUGACAUCCAUAAUCCGGAACAUCGACAGAUCUACAAGUUCGUAAGGACGCUUUUUAAUGCGGCGCAACUGACGGCGGAGUGUGCAAUUAUUACGUUAGUGUAUUUGGAGCGACUGUUGACGUAUGCGGAACUCGAUAUCGGGCCCUAUAACUGGAAACGGAUAGUUUUAGGGGCGAUUUUGCUCGCGAGUAAAGUGUGGGACGACCAAGCAGUGUGGAACGUGGAUUAUUGUCAGAUCCUCAAAGACAUCACGGUCGAAGAUAUGAACGAGCUGGAACGACAAUUUCUGGAAAUGCUGCAAUUUAACAUCAAUGUGCCGUCAUCUGUGUAUGCCAAAUAUUACUUUGAUCUACGGACACUGGCGGAAGCCAAUGAAUUAUCAUUCCCGACGGAGCCGCUGUCGAAGGAGCGCGCGCAAAAACUCGAAGCCAUGUCGCGCGUCAUGCAGGACAAGGUUACGGCGCGCGCCCUCAAAAAUGGCAUGAAAAAAUGGUCGUCGCUCGAGAAUGUUAGUCAAUGCGGGCCCGGACCGAGAAAAAGUGUCGCAAUUUUAUCGUGAUUAGUUUCCUUCUUUUUUUCCUCUAAUUCUAAUUUUUUUUUUCUCAAAAAUGGCACUGCAACAAAAAAAUGUUCCAUUCUUCUUUUUUAUACAGACACAAUUAAUUUUUAAAAAAUAAACAUAACUUUAUAGACAAAAAGUAUAAAAAAAAUAUUAUACAGGAAGUGAAUUUACGUAAAAAAAAAUAAAAUAAAAUAUUGGUCAAAAAUAUGAAUUGAAAGUACUAAAAAAAUGUAAAAGGAAAUCAAAAUGUAGCAAACUGAGUGUGAACUUUUAGCGCACUAAUAGAGUGUUAUCUACCAUUAGACAAAUAACUAGCACGAGAUGUGCCCAAAAAAAAAUAAAUAUAUAAAAAAAAUAGUUGAUCUCUUUUUUAAAUAAACAUUUUUAGCUGCACGACUUAUAAAAAAUUUAACUGGUAGUGAAAAAAAAAUAAAAUAAAAAAUUAUGCACUCACACGCGCUUUUAUCAGCAGCCAACAAUUAUUUAAAAAAUUAAACAGCACUGAUAAAUUGUUGAAACUUUAUAUAAAUGAUAAACCGAUUCCGUCAC